AUGACUGCGAUAGAGAAGCCCCAAGUGGCGACCGUUGAGAGCACGAGCAGCUCAGACAUUGUCAAGGACGAUGUACGUGCCAAUUCAGGGGAGUCUGUCAUAUAUCGUGACAGCCAUGGCCUUCCGCUUGUGCCACAGCCCUCAGAAGAUCCUUUGGAUCCAUUGAAUUGGAAACUUUGGGUCAAGUGGGUUGUCCUUGCUGAGAUUUCUCUUCUGUCAUUCCUGGCACUAUUGAGCGCAUCAUUGAUAACCCCGGCUUUUGUACCUCUCUCGCAUUUCCUCCAUAGAGGCCUCGUGCAAACAGCCUUCGUGACCAGCACCUUCAUUGCAUGUGUAGGAGUGUCUACGAUCGUGUGGAACCCAAUAUCUAAUGUUUACGGACGACGACCUGUGUACAUCAUCACCGUUGCGAUAAGCAUAGCAAUGUCUGUGGCAUCGGGAAAAUCAGAGAAUUUCAGACAAAUUCUGACAUUCCGCGCCCUCAACGGAUUCUUCGGGGGCGUUCCGCUAGGACUAGGCAGUGCCACUGUCUGCGAUCUGUUCUUUACACACGAAAGAGGGUUCUAUAUGGGAAUAUACACUGUCUCGUUCAUCCUCGGAGGCCACGUUGCUCCAAUCAUCGGCGGCUACAUUGAGAAGGACUUGACAUGGCACUGGUGCUUCUACAUCCCGGCGAUACUCACAGCGGCUGUCCUCGUCCUAUUUACCCUCACCGUGCCAGAAACGCUCUACUCCCGCGCGGCUGAAGCGCUUGCGCGACCUCGACGGACCUGGAUGCAAAAUAUGCUGAUGCAAGGCAAGGCUCAUCCUAUGCGGCGUCUGCGCAUCAUCGACUUCUUUCGACCGAUUCAGAUGCUGCAAUACCCGAGUGUGCUUCUUCCCACAAUUUCCUAUGCAGUGUCCUUUGCGUAUGGCAGUAUCCUCUUCAUAAUCACCAGUGCAAACCUCUUCGGCAAAAUCUACCACUUCAAACCCCAGCAGACUGGACUCUUGCUCGGAGUUCCCAUCACGGUUGGGAGCAUCAUUGGCGAGGUAAUGUCAGGCGGCUUCUCCGAUUGGGUGAGUGAGAGGAGGGCAAUAAGAAGAGGUGGUGAACGAAAGCCCGAAGAUAGACUGCUGGCGGUACUUCCCGCCUUCAUACUCACACCGAUUGGCAUCAUCAUCGAAGGUGUCUGCCUCGAGCGGGAAAUACACUGGAUCGGCGUGGCAUUUGGAAUCGCCAUCGCCAGUGUUGGGUUACAGAUUUCCACCACCGUCGUCUACACGUAUACCGCAGAGUGCUACAAACCACAAUCGCCUGAGAUUGGCUCGCUGCUGAACUUUGCGAGACAGAUCUUCUCCUUCGCCAUGGGCUUCUAUGCAAUCCCUUGGGCUGAAGAGUCCGGCGUGCUGAACGCGUGGGUCGCAAUGGCAUUCAUUGAUGUGGCUUUCUUCCUGCCGCUUCUCCUGUUGUUCUUCAGGGGAGAAGACUGGCGGAUGAAGCUAGGAGAACCCAAGUUCCAUAGAGAUCUGUAA